GACAGAGGACUUUCUUUCUCAAUUUAUUUAUGCAUACUUAUACGAUAAAUAUUACAAGUGUACGUGUGCGUGUGCACAUGGCAAAUACGUAUACAACAUCAGUACAUGGGAGGUACAUUAAACCGUCUCAUGUAUAAAUUAGGUAUUGAGAUAUACUGAAAAUCUGUUGUUGGAGCACCCUCGUCGGAUGAAAGAUAAAAACGUACCUAUAUCUUACUUAUAAAUGCGCGUGUGCGUUAUAAUAAUGUGAAAAAUCACACGUGUAAUAACAAUAAUUAUCAGGCGCUGCCCCCCCAUUUGCCGUUCGUUCGAUUUUUUUUGAGUUUUAUUGCUCGCACGUAGCUGUCAGUGUACCAAUAACAUUAUAAAUAUAAAAAUAUAAGUAUACGCGUACUUAUAAAAAAAAAAAAAAAAAAAAUAUACGCGUACUUAUAAAAAAAAAAAAAAAAAAAAAAAACCAAAGGAAGAGAGAGAAGCGAGGAGACAGGAGAGACGAACAGAAGAAAAUAAGAUGGAAGAAAACAAUUCAGAGUCCAGGCGUCGUAAGAAGCAGAAGGAGGAGCCCGACGACGACAACGAGGAGGAUGAGGAGGAGCAACAGGAGCCAGGAAACCGCUGGCGGUCGUGCUGUCGGCGCUGCGGCAAAAAAAAGCGCAAGCAAAAGCACAACCACCACCACCACCACCAUCAUUCCCAGGAAGAUGAGGAGGAGACAGCAACAAAGGGUCCUUCGGAGAAGCACCAGAGUGCUGCGCCUGUGGCUUUACAGCCCAGGCAGCUCAACCCCUGUAAUCCGCUGGGGUAUAUCCUCAAUAGGCAGAUCGACCACAAGAUCAACCACUGCAAGAGGCUGGUUGACGCCAGAUUCCUCAACUCCAAGAAUUUGUUCAGGAAGGAUUUGUACGCCCACUUUGGAUGCAUCAAUGCCAUUGAAUUCUCCCCCGAGGGUGAUUUUCUUAUUUCUGGAGGGGAUGACAAAAGAGUUCUCCUAUGGAAGGUAGAGCAGGCUAUUCAAGAAGUUGGAAAGCCUGUAGUGAUGAAAGCUCAGCAUAUGAGCAACAUAUUUUGCCUUGGUUAUAACUGUAGCAAGACUAAAAUUUUCUCUGCUGGAAAUGAUGACCAGGUCAUUGUUCACGAUUUACAAACCACUGAUGUUCUUAAUUGCUUUCGUCAUGAAAAACCAGUUUAUGGCUUGUCGAUUCACCCCCAUAAUGACAAUGUUUUCUCAAGUGCUUGUGACGAUGGGCGCAUUCUUAUUUAUGAUAUAAGAGGAACUGCUAGUUCUCCAGAAACUUUUUUCUGCAUUGCACAACAUAAAAAUCCUUUCCACUCAGUUAUGUUCAACCCAGUUGAUCCAAUAACAUUAGCUACUGCAAAUACAAAAGAAGGCGUUAGUUUAUGGGAUGUACGAAAGCCGUUGACUCCGGUUUUGCGUUAUGGAUCCGAAUCACCAGCUCAAAGCUGCAUGAGCGUUAGAUUUGAUAAAACGGGCAAACUUUUACUUGCUCUUAGAAGAAGAUUACCUCCCGUUUUAUACUCUGUAAACUCUCCCGAUCACCUGUGCCAAUUUGAUCAUCCUGGGUAUUACAAUAGUUGUACAAUGAAAUCAUGUUGUUUUGCCGGUAACGACGACGAAUAUGUAUUAUCAGGCUCGGAUGAUUUUCAAUUGUACAUGUGGAAAAUUCCUACUGAUGAUACAGUCAAAUGGAUCGAUUCCGCACACAUGGUACUGCGUGGUCACAGAUCCAUUGUCAAUCAAGUGCGUUAUAAUCAAGCUAGUUGUCUACUCGCUUCUUCGGGAGUUGAAAAAGUUAUAAAGUUGUGGUCACCAUUUCCCAUUGGUGACAAAUGCCAAGGAGGCUUAAAAAGAGAUGUCGACAAAGGAGCAACACAACGUAGAGUAUACUCUCACGAAGAGUACAUUGCUUUGGUUUUGAGAAGUGGUCAGUUCAUGACCCACGACUACAGCCAUCAAUCAACCGACGAGGAUCAGAGAAUGAUGGCCUUUUUCGAUUCGCUUGUACAACGAGAAAUUGAAAGUUGGAGCUCUGAGGAUUUGCGAACGCCCCAGAGCCCGACAGACAUUGAAAAUAACAACACUACAGAUCAAAACAAUUCGUCAGACUCGUAUGAUUCCGCUGCAUCUGAUAAUCGGAUGAUGCGUUGCUACAUCACUUCGACACCCAACAAUACGGUCAAUUCGCACGAAAGACCGCUCGACUCCCCUAACCGCAUAACUCGACUGAUAGCCAAUAAACGCGAUAAACUAAUGCGCCACGCAGCACUGGGUAACAACACGCAGCAGCUGCACUCCCGGAAUACCAUGAAAAGUCAUCGCAAUCAUAGUUACAAUACCUCGGCAGCGAACGCUGGGGAGUCGGGCUCGACGAGCGAGCCGGAGAACACUGGGUGUUCAACGCGCAGUAAAAGCAAAAAUAAAAUAAAUCUUAGGUCCAAGGCCGCCAAGAGGAAACACGGGGUUCGCGUGUCCAAGAGGACGAGAGCCAGGAGAAAACAGAACAACGCCAAGGAUGACAGUGACUCGGAACCGGAGGUGCUGCCACCGUCCCGUGCAUGCAAAAGCAACAAUUAUCAAUCAGUAGACGCUACGCAGCCAAGCACAAGCACGGGGGUAAUAUCCUCACGGCGCUACGCGGCUCCAACACUGCGCGCGAAACCACGCCGUCGACAAUCACGGUCCAGUAGCAGUAGUUCCGAGGACGUGGCCAGCAAAGCAGUCGCGACCACCGCUACCACGAACAAGCGUACCAAGUCCACGAAAAGCGACUCCGACAGUUCGGCCAAGGAGGCCCCGACGCAAAAGCGCAAGCAGCUCGUUCGCAACAAGAGCAAAGUCGCCUGCGCGUCUUCGUAUUCGCGCCGUGACACGCGCAGCUGCAAGAACAAACGUCAAAAGAUCAACCACCCCGAGGUCGAGGGUAGCAACAGCCACGCUGCUGGAAACUCCCGACAACAACGGGACAGCGCGACAUCGGUUGUUGGGCAGAAUGGUGGUAGCUGCUCGGCCAUGCAAAUGGUCUCGACGCCACCACCAUUGACCAGGAGCUCGAAGCGAUCGGUGGCUGCCUCCGACAGUGGGAUCGGUACAACUGUGGAGAAGAGCGGUGCCUCGACCGUAGAGAAGCGCACCCGGUUUGGUCGUGCCGAGAGCUCGGACCGCGAGCGCUCGACCAAGAAUUACGAGCUGUUCACCAAACGGGUCGACCAGGUGAGGCGCGGGUACAGAAAACGCAGCAUGCCCACCGACAGCGACUCCUCGGACGAGUGAGGCGACAAGAGGCUGAUGCCUUCACUUUUGCGCGUGUACAUAGUGAAUCUGUGAUGAUUAUGCGAGCUAUAUAUUUUUAUAUAGGACUGUGUAUGAGUUCGAAGUGUGCUAUUUUAUCGUGUCUUGCUUAUUCUCGAUUUUUUUCUCUCUUUUUGUUUCCGUUUCUUUUUUUUUUCUACUUUCUAAUAUUUGUGGAUGUUUAUUU